UGACAUCGCUGGCCGUCAAAGUGGGUCCGGACGUAAUUUGACGGAGUUAGUGUCUUCCUCUGAAGCUCAUUCGUUCUAUCCGUUGACUCCAUGGUCUUCGAAAGUCUUCAACGACCCGGUAUUCGAUCGACUCAUCACGUCCUCUUUCUCUAGUUGCGGGACCUAUAAAUUCUGUAGGUUCAUCUGAAAUUUUCAGAAUCAGCACAAUUGUUCCCUCCAUGCGCCGAUCCUAGAAAAUUGUACUGGAGUAUCUUCUGCUCUUGACGAAUUCUUGCUAUCAGAUCAGCUUCAUCGUCGCGAAGAUGAGGAAGACCGGAGUUUCAGCUCUAGCCAUUAUACUGUCAGUAGCUCUACUGAACAACUUGCAAAUGGUGAGAGCUGUUGGCCCCGUGUGCCUGACCACCGAGGGAAAGUUUGCGCCUUAUGCUGAUGCCAAGACCGAAAUUCAGAAGCUGGAGAAGAAUCCCGAACAGUGCUGCAACAACGUUCCAGAACGACGAUGCGGCAUUAUAGGAAACAGACUGGAAGCAGCUCUGUACAUGUGCGGUGGACAGUGGUGCAUGGCGUGCAGUGAUGCGGGCAAAUAUCUUCGAAAGGCCUUAGACCACUGCAAGGCCGAUGGCCUUAUCCAAGCGUCUUAUGUCUUACCUGGAACUGACAGAACUCUCUACAUCCAAAAAGUCGGAACCAUCUAAGCUGUGUCACUGAGCAGUUCCUUGGCCGAGGACUCUUUGAACCUCAUGGAAAGGUAUAUGAGACCCGGCGAUUCAGAAGUCAACUCGGAAUGCUAUAACGUUUAGGUUCAUUUUCUACAAACUUCAAUCUUGCCAGAGAUCCGAGAGCAAAGAGAUUUCUGGAAAGCUAAGUUGCGAGCUCUGACUAAGCCUCCUGCUGAUAAGGGAAAUAAAGGACAGAUCCAGCCAGGAAAUUUGCAAAACGGUGUGUGCUUCUUCGAUGGAAUGAAAGAUACCAUAUGACGAGGUUUGUU